AUGCCGUCGCCGGACGCGGCGGCGAGGCACACGGGCGCCGGCGUGGCGCGUCGGCAGGCCCACCGCGAGCGGAUGCGUGACGAGCGCGCUCGGGAAGCGGCCGCGGGCGAUGCGGAGCUUCCGCCGGAGGACGACGCGGUCGAGAUGGCGAGCGCCGUCCACGUGCUGGACAGCGUGGCGGAGGUGGGCCCGAACUACACCCUGCUGCGCAGCAAGGAGACGAAGGCGAAGCGGUAUGGGACAAAAGCGUCGAAAAUAAAGUACGCCGCCGAGCGUGCCACCGAAGGCGUCCUGGCGGAGGUGGUGGAGUUUGAGACCUGA